AUUACAGGAACACCUUCGUGGUGUCAAACACUUGAUUUUGGGUAAAAAAUGAGUUCUUUGGCGAAAAUAAGCUCUUUUUAUCGCUCUAUAUUUAAAAAUUUUCCUUUAUUUACAUUUGAUAAUCCUUAUCCUGCAGUAAACGAGAAGUUGAAUACGAAACCGGUCUUGUAUGUUAGUGACUGGAAUGGCGAACCAAUUUCAGAGUCAUUGGAUUUAGAGUCUCUACAAUGGCAAACGUGGGUCAAAAUUCACGAUCCAGAAAUCAUUUUACUCAAUGUUUCAAAUCAUGCCUCUCCCGACCAAAAUACACCUUUUCUACAAGUCGUAUCUCACAAAGUCGUUUUGAAAAACGCGUUGUUGCUGUAUUUAGUGAAUGAUGAGCAGUUACUACAAGCUAUAACUCCUUGGAUGAGUCUUUUGACUGGUCCUGUCCAGAUUGCUUUGAAUUAUAGCAUGUAUCUAGAUGAGACGAAUUUCCAAGAAUUACGAAAAAAUUGGUUUGCAAAGGCUACUUGGCCUUUAAGCUUAAUAAGGAGUAUAGCUCAACCUCUCGAAAAGAAAAAGCAGCUUCGUAUAUUGACAGAGGAAAAACAUCUAGACGCAGAUACGAUUUUUGAAGAUGCAGCCAGAGCGUUUUCGUCCCUUUCAGAAUUCUUAGGCAAUCAGAUCUAUUUUCUUAACAAAGAGACUCCUUCCAUUCUAGAUAUUUCUGUAUUUAGUUAUGCAGAAAUUAUCCUUCAUCUUCCGUUGAGGAAUGAUCAGUUACGUCUCUCUUUAACGUCUAAUAAAAAUCUCUUAGAAUUAACGAAUCGUGUACGUGCUUUGGCUGGUUACAAUUCUUAUGGAUCUACUUUAAUUGAUGAUGAGUGAUGCAAGAACUAGGGAAUGAAUUUAUCUGAUAUUGAUAUAUACCACCGUCUCUUGUACUGUUGCAAUAAACCUUUAUUCCCUCUAUACCCUAAUUAACAAAGAAUAAAAAAAUUCUUUUCUUUAAAUGAAUUUAAUAAUAUAUACUUCGAACUCGAAUUGAAGGAACAGAGCUCAAUGCUCGUUCUUUGUUCGGGGAAUAUCCAAUAGUUUGCCAUUCUUUUGCUAGAUCCCAUAAGAAAAAAUCUAUCAUAAUUGCAUUCAAAUUAGGUCGAUUUACUGCUAGACGAAUCAAUUCAACUGCCCAUAUACUGCAUCCACGCAUUUCUAUUUCCAUCGGGUCAUUAUGAGCGAUUGUUUCACUUUUGCGUAGUCGACUUCCAAACUCAGGAGAAUAAUCUAAGCAUCCAAGCUGCCAAAGGAUUUGUGGAACUCGGUAAUCAGCAAACAUAGUAAUGCUAUCUAUAUCGUCAAAUUGUCCAUAUCCUUGUCCAUGGAAACAUGCCCAUGUUUCAGCUAUUAAUAUUUGUGCACGCUUCAAUAUGUGACAUUCACGACCUUUGUAAAAAGAAAUAUCUCGAAAAUCGGGAAAAUCCCGUAAGAGAAUUUCAAGAAACUUUUGAGCGCUGUGAUUGCAUUUCUCUAGGAGAUGAACAAAUCGUCCCCCAUAGUACUUUACUAACGCCUUCCCACUAGCUCUCAUAAUUCGUAUGCGCUCAGAUAAUAAAGGGAUUUGUUCUUCUGUGUCACUAGCAAAGAUGGAAGCAAUCAAGUCAUCGGGACAACAAACUUCAUCUGCGUAAAAUGAAGGAGUAGUGAUUGGAAUACUAUUGUCUAAGGCCUUAUUAACGGCAGCACAAAGACUCCAGUACCCCAUGUAUAGCUUUCCUUUGUACCGUAUACCGAAUCGAGCAGGAUGGUUGCCCGAAUCCUUGGUAUCUGCGUCUGACCAAAACGAAAAGUUCAAGAUAUCAAUCAAGAAGAUCCUAAAUAUCCCUAAGGUUAGUAAAUUGUGUUUUAUUUUGGUAGACACGAUCUGUCAAGAAUUAAAAAAAAAAAAAAAUCAACAAAACAUACCAAUCCAACGUAGAAGAGUCCUGUAGCUUUGGGUGUAACUCAUGAUCUUGCCAAUUUGAGAAUUUCGUUCCUAAAGUGUCCAACUGUUGUUCGAUCCAAGCAGCUACUUGAUUACAUCCUUCUUCGUUCACUUGAACAUCUCUUGAAUUCUAUAGAAAUAUGAGACAGAUAUCCUUAAAAGUUCUUUUCUUACCAAAGCGAUGAACUGGGAAUCCUCUAGCACUCGAGACAUAAUAGUAAUUUCUGGUUUUCUAAAAGCAGAAGGUCAAAUGAAUGAGUAUUUGGAUGAUAGGAAUGAUUGUCGUUCCAAGAAAACGAAUUUAUUUAGAAAAGUAAAAAAAAAAAGAGAAAGAGAAAUCAAUCCUACAAGAUUGUUCUUGAGGCUUUCUUACUGAAC